CCAAAAAUUACGGCUGAAAUUAAUAAGAAGUAAACAUUGAAAAAGAAUAAAAUAUUUUAAAUAUGGCAAUGGACAAAAGGCAUAAGCGAGUUUUGCAACAAAACACGGUGCGAUUAACCGAUGAUUUGGAACCGAUCAAUCUUCUAGGAUACCUCUAUCAAGAGGGAGCUAUACUAGAAGACGAUAUGGAUAGAAUUCGCAGCAAAUUGACGCGAAAAUUGCAAGCAGAGGAGUUACUUCGCAUUAUACCAAAGCGAGGAGCCAAGGCUUUCGAUCGGUUCUGUGAUGUGCUUUAUAAAAUUGACGGCCAAAGGCAUUUGGCGAAGAUGUUAAAAGAAGACAUUGAAAGCUCAAAGGGUAUGGGGAGGGAAUUAUAUACUUAAUGCGAUUAAUUUAGAAUUUCACCCCCCGCCCACUGCACAAUCAAGAACAUGAUAAAAUUCUAUGACAACUUUUAUAAUAUUUCUGUCUCUGAGUGUCCACACGGACCACCGGGCAUAUGAAAAGUUAGCUUGAUGGCAGUGGAAUUGAACCCACUCAAACCGACUUGACCUCGUAGCUCAGUUGGACUGGACUAGCAAACCAAAGGUCACAGGUUUGAUUCCCACCACGGUCAAGUAAAAUUUUCAGCCUGCCCGGUGUGGACAAACUCAGAUGCACCACAAACACACAACUUUAAUUUCAUUCUCUGAUAUAUAGGACAUCAGCCCCAGAACACUACAGACUGCCCGCCCGGCCUGCAACAGAAAUUAACACCAGAUCAAAUUACGGUCCUUCCUACCGACACUCGCUUCCUUCCUCAAGCUUUAGUAACAGACUUGGACAACGUUUACAAAAUGCAAAGCCGGCCACGAGGACUGUGCUUGAUCAUCAAUAACACAAAAUUUGCCAAAUCUGCAGACCUGAAGCAACGAGACGGCUCGGACGCAGACGCAUUAAACCUGCAAAAACUAUUUCUUGCUUUACAUUAUACCGUGACAGUGCUACGAAAUACGACAGCUUCGAUACUUAUGGAAAAGAUAUACGAGUUUGCACAAAGACCUGAACACGGCAGCAUGGACUCUGUCGUAGUCUGUAUCCUGAGCCACGGCAUGCCAGGGAAGAUCUACACUGUGGACGGCAAGCUUAUUCCAAUUAAUGACCUAACAGCAGCAUUUAAUGGGCAAAAUGCAAAGCAUCUGAUUGGUAAACCUAAACUCUUCUUCAUUCAGGCCUGUCGAGGAGGCAAGGUAGAGGAUAGCUACAAGUUAUAAUUGCACAAAUUUUGUACUUAAUCCAUGUAUACAUUAACCCAUUGAGCCGCAAUGCGCCCUACUUAUUUUUUUACUUGUCUAACGCCAGACAAUUUUACUCGUCAAUGGGGAAGCUCUGCAGCUUAAUGGGUUAACCAAAAAAUCUGACAAUAUCUCCAGUUAACCCAUUGAGCUGCAAUGCGCCCUACUUAUUUUUCACUUGUCUGACGCUUUUACUCGUCAAUGGGGAAGCUCUGCAGCUUAAUGCCGGUUAAUCCUUUAAGUGACUCUGUCUAAUGCCAGACGAUUUUACUCGAGUGCUGCCACUCAAUGGAUUGACUUUUACUUGCUGCAUUUUCUCCAUCUUGGGAAAAUGAAAUGUGGGGAAAAUUGUGCCUGUAGACUAUUUCCCGAUUGUUUGUUCCAUGCCCAACAAAUCAAGCCAUUCCUUCUUAAUUAGAUAGAUCAUGGUGCAAGCACGGACCAAGUUGACUCCAGUGAAGUGACCAUCAGAAGCACUGCAGAUGUACUACAUGAUCUUUAUGAUGGGGAAGAUGAAACAGACUCGGGGUCUAAUGCUUCAGUCCCUGCCGAGGCAGACUUCCUGUUGGCUUACUCAACGGUUCCAGGGUUCGUUUCAUGGCGAAAUUCCGAGAAGGGAUCGUGGUUUGUUCAAGCAUUGUGCGAGAUAUUCAUGACUUAUGCUGGACAGGAAGACGUUGUUCGUAUGCUCAUUAGAGUUAAUGGGAAAGUUGCACGGGAGUUCCAGUCUUAUGAACAGAAAAAGCAAGUCCCAUCACCUGUUGUUAGACUGACCAAAUUGGUCUACUUUUUUCCUGGGUAUUAACCCAAGACUCUUUCCUUUUUUAAUCAGUAAAAUCAUAAUCAUCUGCCAUCACAUGGAAUUAAAUGAAAAAACUUUAGGCACUUUUUACACCAUCAGAAUUAAAUGAUAAUACAGUACUGUAAGCAAAUUUUACACAAAAUUAAAUGAUAAAUUAAAUUAAUACUUUAAUAGGCAUUUUUUAUAUCAAUUAAAUGUAUGAUAAUACUUUAGUUUCUAAAGGCACUUUUUACACAGAAUUAAAUUAUAAUACUUUAGGCACUUUAUACUAUAUCAAUUAAAUGUAUGAUAAUACUUUAGUUUCUAAAGGCACUUUUUACACAGAACUAAAUUAUAAUACUUUAGGCACUUUAUACCUAUUAACGAUCAAAUUGUGUCAUAAAAUCCAAUUGCCUGCCAAUUCUAACCAAUUGAAAGGCAAAGGAACAUUUUAGUAGUUAUUAUUUUGCCAAAUGUUACACAAUUUUAUCAGCAUAAUUUAAAUUCAUUAGGUACAAACUUUGUAAUGUUUUCAUACCCUGAGAAAAAUUAGCCCCAAGUAGGGAUGAGCCGAUAAGGAAAAUUGCCGAUUACUGAGGCAGAUUAUUUAUAAGCCAAUUAUCGUAACUAAUCGGCCGAUUAAUCGGUACCCGCCGAUUAUUUUAAAAAGCGGUUUUAUUGUUUACAAUACACACUAUGUACAAUUAAAAUCAGCUUCAAUGUUGCAUGUCAAUAGUCAAAGUUUAGUUUUGGCAGAUUAUGAUGUAAAGACAGGAUAUUGUAAGCUAUGCAGAGCUAGUCUGCUGCGUUUUUCAGUGGAAAUGUCCCCAGCUUCACUUCUCUUGAGACAAAAGACACAGGUUUUGCAACAAAAUGUGAAAAUCUAUUCGCUUGUAUUCAGUAUUUUAGCAUGUGGUUGGCAGCUGCAGAAAAAGUCUUAUGGCCGAUUAUCAGGCAAUAAUCGGCCGAUUACCGAUUAUUUAAAAAACGGCCGAUUAAUCGGCUUUGCCGAUUAUUUACCGAUUAAUCGGCUCAUCCCUAGCCCCAAGUAUGUGCAAUAUAGGACAACCCUAUUUACACUCACACAAUUCCUAGCGGACUCUGCCUAGUAUUAUUGCCGUGUCUACCGUGACUCUGCCUAGUAUUAUUGCCACGUCUACCAUGUCUUCUUUGCGAAUCAUAUCUCAAUGGCAACAAAUGGCGGCUACAGCUGACUGGGCGGGCAGGAAAUCGAACAGUGUUUCCUUGCUCCAGUAUCACUCCCCCAUUGUCGUUAAGCAGAGCUUCCUCAUAGGUUGGCGGACUUGUAGGAGUGUCAUGAUUUAAAGCUUCACUAUAUGUCGGAGGAGCACCACUUUGUGAUGGAACCUCACAAGCAUAAUCAUCUGCUUCAGGACAUUGGUCUCUUCGAAUUUGUACUGUGCGGUGAACAGCUCUACGCCAGGUCCUCCAUAACCAUAUUACCAUCAGAAUUGAGGCGAAAAAUACAAUAAGUACCCAAAGUAUAUACAGAGCUUUGCUAGGUUUCUUUUCGGGGCAAUUUAAUUCGUCACUACCGUCCGAACAAUCGUGCAAUCCAUCACAAACAGCUCCUUGGCUUAUGCAUUGUCGACUUGUACAGCAAAAUUCGCCUGCAGAGCACAAGCCUUGCUCCACUAGCUUAUAACUUAGUACAAACAUCCCAGCUUCUUUGUUUUUAGAGGUUGCUUUAAUUAGGAGCCUAUUUGAUUUCGAUAGCCAGGUUAGUUUGCGAGGUUGGCUGCAAGCAGUUUUAAUUUUUACAGAAUUACCAGACCAACCAUCAUAGACUUCUACUUGUCCAUUUGUGCAUCCAGUCCUUGCAGUAGCGAAAUUAAACUCGAGGAAUUUUAAUUUGACGUAGCCAUGUCGAACUUCGAUUUUCCAAACACAUUCGGCAGCUCUGGGGUAUGGUUUCGGGUACCCGUAGGAGUAGAUGUAGCCAGCAUCGUUUGUCAAGAGACCCCCGCAGGGUGCCAUGCUUGUGUUCGUACCUUUAAAAGUUGCUGCAAAAUUUGAUUUGAAUUGUUGAGACGUCUGGUGAAGCAAAGAUAAUUCACGUCCUUUUGAAAAUAUGUAAAACGACUUUAACUCCCCACAUAAACGCUCAUAUCCUCGAGUGGUGCUCUUGACCUCGACAAAGGCAGUUUCUUUGACCAUGACAAAGUCAGUGUGACACAUGUCAGAUUUUCCGACAGUAAAGUUGGUGAAGGUCACUUUAAUCCACCCAUAUGGGACAGCAAUCGUAAACAAACAACGAUUAACACUGGUGAAAUUUUGGUAUAAAGGGGGUGAUCUUAUCACCGCUGAGCUCUCUCGGAUAAAUUUCCCACAUAUUGUCCGAUAAUCGGCUUUAAAUUUAUUGACCGUAGUAAGAUUCGCCCGAUGGUUCGUUGCAGAUGAAAAAUAUUUAACUCUGAGUACGUUUUGAGAAGAGUAAACUCUGAUGGGUCUACUAUUUGCACAAUAUCGCCCGACGAAAGGCGAUGUGGAGUUAAGACCGUCUCGAAACUCCACAUAAUCAUCUUUACAAGAACAACACGCCGUUUUGAUCUCGAAAACGCGAACGGUUAAUUCGAUUCGAUAGCCCGUUGGUACUUGGAUUUCCCAAAUGCACGUAGUAGGCACCAAAAAAUGGAGAUUUUCUUCAGAUAACAACGUCCCAUUUUCUGCUGUAUGUCUGUAUACUUUGUCACAAGAAAGUAGACAUUUUGAUGAGUGCAAGCAAAACAGCAAGACGCACAAUGUAAACAACACAGCUACGCUUUGUUUUGCAUUAUUCGAAGGGAUACUUUCAAGAAUCAUCGCUGGAUUUUUCAACCAUCAAUCUAUAUAUCCAUGUGUCACGUAAGCAUAUACUUUAGAACAAAAAUGAAAGACUUACAAUCUGGUGACAUCAGGUUAAAUUUUCGAAGAGUUUUCUCGAUCGCAAAUGAACCAAUAUAUUUUCCUAAUUAUUUGUAACUGUUGAUAUUCAAUCAUGCCCAACUUUCACAUCAUUCAAAAGUUGCAUACAUUAGAACACAAAACCGUUGUUUGCACCUACCAAUGAACAGUCUCAGAUGAUAAAAUGUAGCUAAGACCAGAAGAAUUAGAAUAUGCAUAUCAAAGUAUUUAGCUGUUCAGUCAAAAGGUACACUUGGAUUCAAAUAAUUAAGCUAAUUGUUCUUUGAGCAAUGUUCUGCAUAUUUUAAUUCUUCAAUGUAUUCUCAAACGAUUAUUAUUCUAAAGGUUCAUCUGUUGUUGUCAGUGUUUUUUGUUUCUUUGCUUUCUUAGAUUUCUUGUUUGCUCGUUCUAUCACAUGUGCCUCGUUUAGUUCCUGACUUCUUUCCUUCAUGUGUUGAUUC